AGCUCUAUGUUUAUUCUUUAUCUGAUUAAUUAGGUUAGAACUAUUGUUUAUGUUUUGUUAAGCAAACAAUGGAAUAUAAACAAAUAUUUUAUUACUAAUUCACCAACGAGUUUUUCUCUUUACAAGACCUGGGAGAAAGGAAAACUCAGUUUGGCAUUGGCAUUGGCCCCAUUCGCUGGCCUGAUUGAGCCUCCGCAGCCUUUAAAUACGGCGGUCCAAUACUGGCAAGUUUCAGUUGAACCACAGCAGUCUUCUGCUCAAUGUGAGUCAGUCUCAAAAUAUUUCACUCUGCUAUCGGAAUGUGUUUGAAAUUUUAAUUGGAUGUUUAUUGUGUAAGUGCAUGUUUCAGGUCUCUUUUAUAUGUGUAGAUGCUCUUUUUUACGCGUUUAGAUGACAAUGACAACAAAAGGCUAUAAAGUAACUGAUGCUGAACGAAAAACGAGAGUGGGCAUUGCAGUUAAAAGCUUUGAUGAUCUCAAGAAAAAGACAAUUGAGAAAUUUAAAUUACCGUCGGCAACAGAUAUUAAGUUUCAAACCCCUGAUGGCACUACCAUUGACAGUGAUGAUUAUUUUCAAACUCUGCCUCCGCAAACUCUGUUAAUUUGGGUGAAACCCGGGGAAAGAGCAGAAACGGACGCCGAGUUACUGUAUAAAACCAUCAGGGAAGUGAAUGAAGAAUACCUGAAAGCCGGAGAGAAAGUUCAGGAAUUCUUCACCGAAAAAAUGAAAUCGAAAGUAUUUAAACUCGCAGAAGUUUUGAAGGGCCUGGAUCCGGACAAAGUCCAGAUGAGUAGUCGGUUAGAGCAUCCCGAGUGGUUUGAAGGCCUUGACACCAGAGCAAAGUCAAAAGAAGAAUAUAUGUUCCGCAGGGCGCAAGAUCGCAUCCGAACUUAUUACUACAAAACCAGAGACGAUCUGCUCCAUACAACCCAUCUACCUGCAGACAAACUAAACGCACUUUUAUCAGAUCUACAAACUAAGUUAAAAUUAAAUAAGUAUCAUGGGUAUUUGUUCGACAGGCACGCAACUGCUGGAAACUCGAACCUAAAACCACUCUGCAACUCUAUAGGGAUGUUUUAUUGCGAUGGUCGUUGGGAUAAGGAGGGUUGUCUGUAUGUGCCCCAACAUUCCAUUAAUCCAUACACCAGUCGUGAAGAACGGAUCAUAUUCCAAACGUGGAAUCUUGAUCAUCAAAUUGAACGGUCUAGAAGUAUAAUUCCGACUAUUCGCAGAAGCCUUUUGCAAAUGGAGAAGAUAUUUGAUGAUAGUCUGCCGUCUAUCGAUGUCAAGUCUAUUUACAACGACUUGUUCACGACGAACAAUUUGAAAAUCGUGCAUAUAGUGUGUCACGAUAAAGGAGCUCAUGUUACCAAAAAGGUCAGCUCCUAUUUAGUGUCUUGAGAUCCAGAAGCGGCCCUUUUGGUUCUAUUGCUAGCAGGAUUUAUUUAUUUUUACUUAUUCUUGAUGGGGCAUUAAUAAGAAAGUUUUACAUUCAAAUUGGAGGUUGGACACAAUUAUUUUUAUAACAAUACAGGGUAUAAUGAAUUUUCAAUUUUUAUAGUACUUGAGGCUAAAACCCUCUAUUGACAAAAUUGGACUCUUCUCCGUCAAUGCCAUAGUUUUUCUUAAACUUGUCUUGUAAAUACUGUUCAUCGAUAUAUAUUUUCUUAUGGUAGUUCGACGUAAAUUAUCUCUAACAAUAAUUUAAAUAAACAUAUUAAUUAAUAAAUACGAGGCGUCUCGAGGAAAACAUUGCCCUUUUUGGGCGUGAACCCAAGCGUGCAGAAAGUAAGAUCUAAGAGCAAUUAGCGAAGGCUUAUGCGAUAAGAAGUUACAUAAAUAGAUGUUAUAUUGCGCGUAAAGAGCAAGCAGUAGAAAAUACAACUGAAAAUGCCCGUAAGAAAAGCAUAGUAUAGUUCCAGCUCUUCGCACACUGUUAGAUUCGAUUAACACUCUUGGUAAAUGGUCCGCAAUCCGACACUGCUUCUAACGGGCAUUAAACGUUAGAAAAUGAGAAUAGAGUAACUGCUUAAAUAUAAAAUCAAGUUCUAUAUACCUACUAGUAUUAAAAUGGUAUAUACUCAUGCAAAUGUUAUAUAUCUGCUUGUCAGUAAUGUGAUUAUACAUAGUUGAUAUUACUAUAAAAAUGCAUAGUGGCAAUUAAUUUAAGAUUGCAUUUUACCUCUAGCUCAUCCACUAAAGAAUUUACCUGCAGCUAAAUGUUUCCGCAAUUCAUUAACAUGUGAGGUAAAAAUCCUAUUAAAUUUAGAGGUUGAAACUAAUCAACAGUGCUGUAGUUCUUGAAGUGUAUAUAAAAAUUAGAUGCUUCCAAUUUGUACGUAGAUUUGUUGAAAUUGUUACAUAUAAUUAAUCAAAGUGCUGUGAUUUUACAUAAAAAAUCUGAAGGCAAAGGACGCAUUGGCUUUGCGAAUUAAUCCUAAAACCGUAUUGCAUGCAUAACGCAAAUGAUUUAAUUUCUCUACCUCUUAAGAAUGUACACUAUUUUAUCUAUGAUAUACUAUAUUUAUAUAUCGAAGUUUAUCAUUUUACAAAUGGAUUUUGGUAUUUUUGAGCAAAGUAAAUUUUGUAUUGUAAUAAACCGAUACAAGGAAAAUUGCAGUGGACACUUCUCUGCUACUUACACUGCAAUUCUGACAAUAUUACGUUGUUGCUUUUCAAGAACUUUGUUGACGAACCUUUCUAGACUUUGUAGUUACUGAACGGAUAAGUUGUUACUUGUGCUUAGAUAUAAGAAUUCAUAUCAAACAAUUAACCGCAUACUAUAGAAAUGUAUAGUAUUUUGAAUGACAAUAAAAUCAAAAAAAUAUCGA